AUGUCGUCCCUCUCUCGUCGUGCAUGCUACAAGUGCGGCAACGUUGGCCACUACGCUGAAGUGUGCUCUUCCGCUGAGCGCCUUUGCUACAACUGCAAGCAGCCAGGACAUGAGUCGAAUGGAUGCCCUCUCCCAAGAACCACCGAGGCUAAGCAAUGCUACCACUGCCAAGGUCUGGGACACGUUCAAGCCGACUGCCCAACCCUUCGACUGAGCGGUGCUGGAACCAGUGGACGAUGCUACAACUGCGGUCUACCAGGUCAUUUAGCUCGUUCUUGCCCAGCCCCAGCUGGCCCUGGUCCCAUUCCAGGUGUUGGCCGUGGUCUUGGUGCCCCCCGUGGUGGAUUUGGUGGGGGAUAUGCGCCUCGUGGUGCCUUUGCUGGUGGCCCCCGACCUGCCACUUGCUACAAGUGCGGUGGCCCAAACCACUUUGCUAGAGAUUGUCAGGCUCAAGCCAUGAAGUGCUACGCUUGUGGCAAGCUUGGUCACAUCUCUCGGGACUGCACUGCCCCUAACGGCGGUCCUCUCAACACUGCUGGCAAGACUUGCUACCAAUGUGGCGAGGCUGGUCACAUCUCCCGUGACUGCCCACAAAAGGGUGCCAAUGGUGACUUUGUCGGUGAUAUCGAUCCCGGUGUUGCGGCCGUUGCUCCCAUUCAGCCUAUCGCAUAG